AUAUAUGUAUAUAUAUAUUUAGUCUAAGUAUAAUAUAUAUAUAUAUAUAUAUAUAUUAUUUAUGUAUAUAUAUUUUGUGUAUUUUUAUCAAACUAUAAACAUUUCUAGCUUAGCAGCCAUCCAUUGUAAGGUUAUAUGAUCACCUAUUAUUUAACUACAAACUACAGUCAUGACAGAUGACUCUGUAAUAUUUCUUCACAGGGUUGACUCAACAAGCCCGGCCCCAGAUGUGGAUCAGAGUGUACCAAAAGUUUUGUUCACUCUCUACCCAAAGUCUCAAGUCUCCAGACUAGAAGCUGUGAGUUACUUCUUCAACAAAUUUUUAUAUCAGAAAACAACCACACAAAAAAACACCUACUUGCAAACCCCACCAACAUUUGGCCAUGCACAGUCGUAUUGUAAAAGCAUAUUGUAAAGUUUGUUGGUUAUACACACACUUAAAGAUUACAUAAGUUAGGUCAUGGUCAGUUUUUAUAUCCAUACAUAUUUUGUCUAAAACUUCUUCCCAUUGGACUUGUCAUUUGCUCUCAAUGAAUCCAUUAACUUUUUAAUACACUUUUUGAUGUUUUUUUAAAAUAGUGUUUGAAAUAUCUGCGUGUCACUAACCAUAGAGCCCAUGUUAUUAAACCUUUUUUUAUAUGUGUAAUUUUUUGCAACUAAAAAGAACAGCAUUUAAAAAAAUUUCCUCAAUUUAAUAACCACUCUCAUGUGAACGAAAUAAAAGGUUUUGCCCUGGAAGAUAAAAAAACAUUUUUACUUUACAAUUUUCUUGUGAAACAGAUUGUCAAGAAACUCGGUGGCAUGACAGUUACAAACCCUCGCCAUUGUACACACUUGGUCUGCCCCAGCCUCGUCAGGACCAUCAAGUUUUUCAUUGCCAUAAACACGUGCCGUUACGUUGUGACCAAGGAGUGGCUCGAAGACAGCAUGAGCCAGGACAGAUUUUUAGGUACUGCAUCUUGCGAUAUUUUUUUUUUUUUUGCCAGCGGAAUCAUCAAAUUUAAAAAUUUGUCAAAACAGUUUUAUUGAUGAGUUUGUCAUGUUCAAAGUAUCCUAUUGAUUUGAUUUCAUAUGAUGCAUCAUGUUAAUAGAUUUUUUUUCAAAUGUAGUUAAAUAAAUUGAUAUACUGCGUGUGUUAAAAUAUCAAAGUAGUGACAGCAACUGAAAAUGUAAAUGCAAAAUAUGCUAUAACUAUAAUAGUACACACAUUUUUUUUUUAAAAUCUUCAGAUGAGUCAGAUUAUGUCCUUAAAGAUGAGAGUGGAGAGGCUGCGCUGCACUGUAAUCUGGCAGAAUCUUUAAGGAGGGCCCAGAAUAGACCUCUCUUUCAGGUACGGUCAUAUCUUUUAGUUCAAGCAAAGCUGAUGAUUUUCUACUGGUUUCACCAUUAACUUUGACAUUGGUGUUGGUUGAAUAGUUUCCAGCAACAGCUGAUCAUAACUCUACCAUUUUCUCCCUUGCUUGGAACCCGUCACAUCGAACAAAGAAUAAUGAUGAUCUUGUUGUAUUCAUGUGUUUGAUUUUAGGGACUGACGUUCUACAUCAGCCCAAGUGUGGUGCCCCCAAUUUGUGAAUUGAUGAGCAUAAUAGACAGUGCUGGCGGGGUGUUGGUGAAGAGGAGACCAUCAGUCAAACAGAUUGUUGCUUCCUUGGAUGAAAAGGUUUGCAUUUAUUUUAUGCAUGAAAAAAAUGAAAAGUAUAUCUGUCUUUUAUUUUGUGAAACAUAGGGUGCCAUACUUUUAACAUGGGGUGCACUAAUUUUAACAUGAGGUGCACUGCUUUUAACAUGUUGCUCUCAUGGGUAAUAUGUGGCUUAUUUGAUUAGUGUGUUAUUAAUUAGUGUUUUAUUUUCAGAUGUGUGUUUGUUGUUCGAAAAAAAAAAAUUUUUUUUUUGCUUCUGACAUAACUUAGUUUUAUUUGCAUUAUUUUUAAAGCCCUUUUUUAAAUCUUUUUUUUGUUGCUUUUUUUAAAUAGCAUUAUUUAAAAUUUAUCAAUUUUAAAUUACAGAUUCAACAAUGGUUAUAUUGCUAGCAUUUAAAUUCUAGAAAAGUUACAGAGAAUAUCAGAGCCUCAGAUAUAAUACUUAUACAUUUUAGUUAUAUUUUUUCAUUGUUCUCAGGGCCAUCCGAAAAUAAUUGUUAUUACGUGUCUGAACGACUUGCAUCUUUCAACGGAUCUACGGAACAGAAAAUUACGUAAGUCUUUAAUAUUUUUAACCUUGGCCUUAUGUACUAGUGUUGUAUUGAUUUCAUGAAGGAGGUAAAGUGGCCCAGUCAUAAAGAUAAAGAUCAUUUAAGAUCAGUCUCACUAAAGCAAAAAAGGAGGAGUUGUGAUUAAAUAAUACUUCUUCAAAUAUUGAAAUAUAAAUUUUGUUUUAAUUUAUUAAAUUAUUUUUUUACCUCUCAUGAGAUUUUUUUUGGGUGAAAAAGGCCAAUGAAUAGUUUUGUCAAAUGUGUUAAUAAAUGUACUGAAAAGUUUCCUUGGAGUUGUAUUCAUGGGAUAAUCAAAUGACUUCUCUUUGCGUUUCAGCCAUCUUCAAUGCAGAGUUUAUUUUAACUGGAGUAAUGAGACAAGAACUUGAUUUCAAUACUUUUAGAAUAAUGGCCACUCAGUGAGAGGACAAGAUUUUAAAUAGAGGGCAUCUCAUCCGAUCUAAACGGUGGCAUGACAAUUUGCUUUCAAAUAACUUUGUUUAUAACUUUUUUUUAAUAACUGGAACACAUUUGUCUGUUCUUUAAUUGUGGUGCUGUUAAGCAAAGUGAGUCAAACUGAGCCAAGAGACAUGAGACUCAAUGUCGAAAGCAAUGAAAUGCCAGUUGUAAGGAAUUCAGAGUAAAUGAAUCGAGUAAAAAAAAAAAUACUUGUUAACUGAAAUCAAGGCGUGGUGUUCACAAUCUACAAGACUUUCCGUCUGUGUAAAAUGAUUUUACAUUUAUGUUGUUAUUCGCUCCAGUUUGUAGGCGAUGAUCAAACAUACACACAAAGAAAGGCAGGGCUGGAUGUAGACUGUCCCUGAAUCACUGGUUUUGACCAUUCAUUGGUUGUGGAGAUAAGCUGCACAUGAUAAUGCUUCCAAUAUUGAGCUAACCGUACUACUUCCCUUGUCUCUCUGCCACUGCCCUUACAUAUCUCUGCCACUUUCCUUAUCUCUGCAACUCCUUCAUCUUUGCCACUUUCCUUUUCUCUGCCACUUUCCUUACCUCUUCUUUGCCACUUUCGGUAUCUCUCUCUGCCACUUCCCAUAUCUCUCUCUCUCUCUGCCACUUCCCAUAUCUCUCUCUCUCUCUCCCCCUUCCCAUCUCUCUCUCUCUCUCUCCCCCUUCCUAUAUCUCUCUCUCU